CGUCUCUGCAUCGCUUGCUUUCAUCAUCCUGCUCCAUUCCCCCAACACCCCCACGCUAUCAGCACAAGCAUCAGCACCAGCAUCACUCACAAGUGUUCUGCUCAAGUGUGGGCCCCGUAGAGAAAGGUUGCAGUGACGAGUCACGAGCCAAGAGUCACGAGCCAAGAGUGCCCCUCGCAGCCGCUCCACUCCACUCCACUCCACUCCACUCCACUCCACUCCACUCCACUCCACUCCACUCCACUCCACUCCACUCCACUCCACUCCACUCCACUCCACUCCGGACUCGCGCGCCCAUUCUUCAUCCCCACCAUGGCUCGCGCGCAAGGUGGACGUAGCAUCUCUCACAAUCGCAAACACCAACGCACGCACACCGAUAAUCGCAGUCAAGCAGCUGCAAGGGUGAGCAGCAGCAGAGCUCGCGCUUCCGGUCCAAGCAGCAUCCACGACGUCUACCAAUUCCUCACAAACGACGCCGGUGAUGAUGGCACAAGUAGUGCGCGCAAGGGCAAGGGAAAGGCAUCGAGCGCAGAGAGGAGACUAAAACGAGCAUUGGUGAAUGAUGCGGCGGAUGAAGAUGCUGAUGUGCGUCGAGGCGGUGGCGGCGGCGAUGUGGAUAGCGAUCAAGAAGCCGGAGCAUCGUUAGAGGCAAGCGGAUCACGUGGUCGUGGUCCGGCAUCAUUCUUGGACGUGAAUAGCGAGGAAGAGAAUCGCGUGCUGGAAGAGGACGACGAGGAGAUCGACUCGGACGAAGCGUGGGACGAGGCGGAUGAGCAUAGGUUCGCAGAUCUCUUGCCCGUCAGCAAUCGCGCCUCCAAGAGGAAGCGCGCAAAUAACGACGGCGAUGGUGACGACGACGACGACGACGACGACGAUAUGAUGGACAUUUCCCGCAUGCUACAGGACACCGACGAAGAAGAUGAUGCCGCCGCCACGCAGUCCGAUUCUGGUGCUCAUGAGGAUAACAGCGACGACGAUGAAGACGACGGCAAUGCUUUGCAGCGACGCAUGGCCGCACUUGCCGCAGUUCCCACUUCCACAGCGGGCCCUCAACCCGACGACGACGACGACGACGACGACGAGCGACCGGAGCGCAAGCGAAGAUUGUUAUCCGCUCGAACGGAAGCUGUGCCAGAGUCUGCAUACUCGGCAGCUGGCAGCGGUGGGCGCAAGGUGCGCGUAGAGGAUCUGCUGGCAGGUUUGGGUCAGACUGGCGCCAGCUUUACCGAUUUGCGCAACACUGCCAAAACAUUGUCCGACGUCAAGCGCGCGCACGCAAGAGAUGGCAGCGGCGGGGGAGGAGGAGGAGGAGGAGCAUCCAAGAGAAAAGGAGGAGCACCGCUUCAAGCUCCCUUGCCAUCCAUCCUGCAGGAUCGCAUAGAUCGAGCGGCAGCGCACGAACAAUCUAAAGCGGAAGUCGAGGGUUGGGCACCCACCAUCAAGAGGCUGCGAGAAGCCGAGCAUCUGUCCUUUCCCCUGCAAGACGAAAAAGUGGUGCCCCAAAGUGUGGCCGCGCUGACCAGCAGCGAGAAUGUCAAGCCGGCCAACGACAUGGAGCGCAGCAUCGCCGCCCUGCUCGCUCAGGAAGGCAUGACAGAUCGCAAUGUUGGCAAAGCGGAAGAGUUGGCCAUGAAUGAGCGAGGCAUGGAUCGCGAGCAGAUCAAGAAGAGGAGAGAAGAGCUGAGACAUAUGAGGGAGCUGCUCUUUCGCGAAGAGCAAAAGGCCAAGCGGGUGAGGAAGAUCAAGAGCAAGACGUACAGAAAGAUUGCUAGAAAGCAGCGCGAGAGGCAAAAGGCGAGCGAGAAGGAAGCUGGAUUGGGAAGCGGAGGAGAGGAGGAGGGGGAGGAGGAGGAGGACAGAAUGGAAGCGGAGAGGGACCGCGCCAUGGAGAGGGCAACGCUGAAGCACAAGAAUACGGGUGGAUGGGCAAAGAACCUGGUGGGCAAGCACGCUACCAUGGAAAAUGUCGAAGCACGAAACGCCAUCGAGGAACAGCUCUUGCGCGGAGAGAGGCUGCGAAGACGCAUACAAGGUGCGGAGACGGACGAUGAAGCGGAGGAGUCCGAUGAGAGCGAAAGCGACGAUGCAGACCAGCCGGACGAGGACCCGUUCGACGAGCUUAGGCGACUUCAAGGCGAAGAGGAAAAAGUCGCAGCAGCUCCCAGCAGCAGCAGCAGCGGCAAGAAAGCUGCCGUGUGGGACAUGAAGUUCAUGUCCGAUGCCCGCAAACGUGACGCGCAACAGCGCCGCGAUGAGGUGGACGACUUUGAGCGCGAGAUGGCUGCUCUUGACAAGCAAGGCGUCGGUGAGCAUGAGGAGAAUAUGGCUGCGACGGUGGAUGGCGUGCGGAGCUCUGUGCAGGGCAACACUGGAAGAGCAACGUACGCGCCAAAGCAGGCUCGAGGUGCCGCAUCGACAGAUCGACUUGCGACCCAAGCGAGUCAAUCUCGUAGCGUGGACGACGAAGAGACCCUCCAACCCAGCGCGUUCGAAUCGAGCAAGCCGAUUUUGGUCUCUCAACCCAAGUCUAGUGUCGCUCGAGGUACGAGCGUCGAAGCUGGUGCCGCCGCCGCCGCCGCCGCCGCCAAUCCUUGGAUGUCUAGCAGCAGCCACCAAGGCUCAAAGGUAUCGAGGAAGAAGAACGAGACGUUGGUGGCCAAGGACGCGAGCGCACUGGACAGAGCUGCUAACAGGAUGCAGCGUCAUCGUGCCAAGGGAGAAGAGGGACGCAUGAACGCGGAAGAUGACGCGAGGUUGGAGAUCGAUCCAGAGGCCAGACUGCGUUUCGCGGGUGCGGAGAGUGGCGAAUCCGCGCUGGCUGCUGCCAGCGCCAAACGGCCUUCACAGGCAGAUGAACCAGACAAUCGGCAGCACAGUAGCGCAGGCUCGGGCUCGGGCUCGGACUCGGACUCGAGCUCAGAGUCGGAUGAGCCCGCGCUCGUGUCUGCCCAGCGCAACGCAAGCAGAGGGGGAGAGAUUCGCAUUCCUGGCGCGCUGCAGCAGCGAGACUUGGUUGCGGAAGCUUUCGCGGGAGACGAUGUGUCGGCGGAAUUCGAAGCUGACAAGAAGGCCAUCAUGGAGCGAGAUGCGCCCAUGGAGGUGGACGAGACGUUGCCCGGAUGGGGUAGCUGGGGUGGCAAAGGGGUAAAAAAGGCUCGCCGCGGUCGCGGUCAAGAGCAGCAGCGCAAAUACACGCGAACCAUUGCGGGAUUGGAAGCUUCUCAGCGCAAAGAUGCCAACAUGAAGGGCGUCAUCAUCAACGAAAAGAGGGACAAAAAGGCGGACAAGUUCAAGGCGAAGGAUCUGCCCUUUCCUUAUACCAGCGCUGCUCAGUACCAGCUUGCCAUGCAGAACCCGAUCGGACCCGAGUGGAACACGAGGACGACGCAUCAGAGGCUCACGCUGCCUCGCGUCGUUACGAAGCCUGGCAAGGCCAUCUUGCCCAUCCAGCGCAAAUUCUGAGUGGACAAUGACACGUUCCUGUGUUGAGACCACGCCCGCCGCAUGUACUUGCCCUCUCUCUCCCAGCAUUUCAUGACGUAUCC